GUCUAUUUAUAAAAUCCGCAAUCCACCCGUCCGGCACUGAGCUGUUCGGGCAGAGACAAUUCACACCAGAAUAACGGGAUACCGAAGGUAUUGCGGAAACGCCGCCUGACUGAAGUACAGGAGCUAUACCAGACACUACCAUGAGCAAGAAAGAAGUGCAGAAGAAACAGAGGCAGGUGCCUUACUAUAACAUUAUUGAUGGUGAACCCCGAGGACCUUACUGUGACCCGGAGUGCUUAAGAAAUGCUUUGAAUUUCAAGCCUCGAGAUGGUGACGUUAUCCUAGUGGCCUACCCGAAAUCGGGGUCACACUGGGUUCAACAAGUAAUCCUACUAACACUCAACAAGGGUGAGUCAGCCACAGAUUACUACGACCACAUCGAGAAGGCCGCGUUCAUGGAGAUGAACGGAACACCCGAACUGCUGGAUAAGAUGCCUUCGCCAAGAAUGAUGCGUACCAACCUGCCGAUCCUAAGUCGAAACUCAUGCCACAAAAACGCCAAGUACGUCUACAUGGCAAGGAACCCAUGGGACUGUUCGGUGUCAUUCUACCACCAUGUCAAAGGCAUCGCGAAGUUCCGCUUCGAAAAUGGAAGUUUUGAGGAUUUCCUUGAUUGUUUUCUGGAGGGCAGCUUUGGAUUCGGAGACUACUUCGAUCACAUUAUGGCCGGUUACGAAAUGAGAAACGAGCCAAACGUGUUCUUCAGUACAUACGAACAAUUCAAACAAGACACACCAGGCAGCAUCAGAAAGCUCGCGUACUUCCUCGGGGAAGAGUACGGCAAACUGUUGGACAGAGACGAGGACAUUUUUAAACAAGUCAUGGAGAAGAGCAGUCCAGAGUUCAUGAAAAAAAUUAUGGAGUUCGAGUCAACAGAUUCUGCUGACGGAAAGCAGCAGGACGUGAAGGUGUUCAACUUUGUGCGCAAAGCCAAGGUGGGAGACUGGAAGCACUACUUUAACCGCGAGCUGCUGAAGAAGAUGGCAGAUAAGAUCGAGGAAAAGACCAAGGGUUCGGACAUCAUGUCCCUCUGGAAGCAACCUACCGAACAAGACUUAUGAGCGGUGACACGAAUUUGUUUUUGUUUAUUGAAGAUUGAGGGGUGGUAAAAUAAACAUGUGAUUGUAAUAAAAGCUUUAUUCCUGAAUGAGA